AUGUCGAAACCUAAUCAUGAAUACAGACUCCUUCUACCUGCCAGUCAACUACAAUCUGGCUCAAGGCUUACGUCCGACCUUUCAUCCGUUCUUUCACGAUGCCCCUCCGAUAUCUAUCUUUUGAUCAAGCAGCCUAGUGUUGGCGUUGCAGAUUUCUCGUCUUCUACCUCCGCUCCUGCAUUGUCAAAAUGUUCGAACCACGCAACUGACACGAGAUUGCGCUCACGCACAAUCAUACCUGAGGUCAUCGGAGAGGUUGAUAUACGUUUAAUAGAGCAAGAGCUUAAUAGGAGAUGUGGUGCUUCGUCAAUUGCGAUUGAUGUUUCCACGAUAGCUUCAUCCGCCAUCUUCGAUGAUACUCCUCAGGUGCUCAGCCUUAACUUCUCUGCGCCAUCAGAGUCUCAGCCAGAGCGCGGGCAGGACAUAUUAGAUCACGAUGCCUCUCUUUCGUUAAUCCUCGACAUGCUACGCAAUCGCAACUAUACUGUCUUAUAUACAACCACACCGGCCGUUCCUGCUAGCCAUGUAGCAGGGACACCGAAGCAGUACGAGAUGUACAGCUACGACGAGUCUCUGCACACAGAGCUCAAGAGAGAUGUUGAUUCGGAACCGGUGAAGGUUCGAAAUAAUCAAACUUUGGUCGAUGGACCAUUGUUUGAGAAAUAUCAAUUCCUGACUCCUGGUCUGUUCAUGGGUCUGCUGGUGAGCUUCCUCUUGCUCUCGAUUCUCUACGUUGCUAUCUCAGGGGUUGCGAGUCUACAGGUGAGCUAUGCAGCGUUUGACAAGGAGAAUGGUCCUUCAGGCCAGAAGAAAGUCCAAUGA